AUGAAAAAGACGGCGGCGGCAACAGGGAACUUGGAGCUGACUCGAAAUGAUUGGAAGACGAUGUCAAACUACACAAAAUUGGAUUUCACGGUACUAGACAUUUCUGGAAUGAAUUAUUUGUCAUGGAUACUUGAUGUGGAAAUCCAUCUCAAUGCUAUGGAACUUAGAAACACAAUUACCGAUGGUAAUGAUGCAUCCUUGAAGGAUCAUGCAAAAGCCAUGAUCUUCAUUCGGCACCAUCUCCACGAGGACCUGAAGUCUGAAUACCUUACAGUGAAAGAUCCACUAAGUUUGUGGAACAAUCUGAAGGAAAGUGAGUAUAACUCUACUCUGUUUAAGAUAGUUUCAAUUUUGAAAUUAUGUGGAGAACAGCAAUACAGAGAGCGUGGGUUUGAGAAAUACUCAGAUUUAAUCUCUUACCUUCUGGUCGCUGAACAAAACAAUGAGCUAUUACUAAGAAAUCACGAGUCUCGUCCAACUGGUGCUCUACCAUUCCCUGAAGCGAAUAGAAUCUCUUUUCCGAGUAAUGGACAAGAUCGUGGUCGUGGACGUAGACGUGGUCGAGGUAGCCAUAACCACCAAGUUCGUGGAGGAUAUAUUCAAAAAUCAGGCAAGAAACCGGAGUAUCCUCAUAAGUGGAAUAAGUCGGAAGUGUCCAAAGCAAAGGGCAAGAGGGUGCUGAAUAACCCUCUAAGAACUCUGAGGAUUCUUGCUACAGAUGCUGUGGGAAGGGUCAUUGGUCGCGUACUUAUCGUACGCCAAAGCAUUUGA